AUGUCCGCACCCGAGGGCUUGACUCGCCGCCGAGGCGGCGGUCGAGCUGGCGGCGCAGACGAGAAUGAUGACAGCCGUGUGGCAUCCCCUAUUUCGAGAAAUGGCUCUGCGAUGGACAACCGCGGCCCCGAGACCUCGUUCACCAGCGCCGAGAACGGUCACAAGAUCGCAUUCGAUCCUCGCGACCUUAGCGAAACUCAAGAGCGCAGCAAGCAACCUAAGCUGACUCUGAUGGAGGAAGUACUAUUGCUGGGCUUGAAAGAUAAGCAGGGCUACCUGUCCUUCUGGAAUGAGAACAUUUCCUACGCUCUGAGAGGAUGUAUCGUGAUUGAACUUGCGCUCCGUGGUCGGAUAGCCAUGCAGAAGGACUCCUCGCGCAGGCGAUUUCCCCUUGCCGACCGCGUGAUUGAGGUCGUCGACGACACAUUGACUGGGGAGGUCUUGCUGGACGAGACACUGAAGAUGAUGAAGUCGAGCGAGAAGAUGAGCGUGAACUCAUGGAUUGAUCUGCUCAGCGUAACUGCCCCCACUAACCUCUCGAUUUACGCCGUAGGAGAGACAUGGAACCUAAUGAAGAUUGGCUACCAAUUGAAACAAGUGCGCGAGCGAUUGGCGAAAGGCCUUGUCGACAAAGGCAUUCUGCGAACCGAAAAACGAAACUUCCUCCUCUUCGACAUGGCUACCCACCCCGUCGCCGACAGUGGCGCUAAGGAAGACCUCCACCGCCGUGUACGCAACGUCUGCAGCAGUCGGACGGUUAUCCUUCCUCCUUCCCAAUGGCUUCCUGAAGAAUCAGAGUUCCGCUUCCUUCGAACUAUCACAAUGGUUUGUGCUGCAUACGCUGCCAAUGUUUUGGAGAAUGCUCUGGUCACCAUGAGCCACGAGGCCCGUGAAAGGGCAUUUGCUCAGGUGGAUGAGCUACUUGCCGAGUACUCUCAAUGGCCAUUUGCUCGACGAACUGGCGGAGGCCAGGCUAUCGGUGCCAAUUUAGCGCAGGCUAUCAAUGAUGAAGUGAACGCCAAAGACCGAGAGCUGCAAAUGGAGAUUGUCGCUGCGUGCUUGAGCGUAUUCACCAGACUUGAUUCCUUACUCUAA